CGCGCCCUCUUGUGCCUGCGUCACCCAAAGACGGAAGUAUGGCGGCGGCCGCUUUGAAGGGAAAGUUCGUGGUGGUGGGAGGUGGAAUAGCUGGAGUCACCUGUGCAGAGCAACUGUCGCUGCAGUGUCCCGCUGAGGUGGUGUACCUCUUGACGGCAUCUCCGCUUGUUAAGGCUGUGACGAAUAUAAAGCAGGUCUCCCGGACCCUGGAGGAGUUUGAUGUGGAGGAGCAGACGAGCAGCGCCCUGCAGUCUCAGUAUCCGAAUAUCAAAGUUGUGCACUCAGCAGUGAAGGAGUUAAAGGCGGAUAAACAGGUGCUGAUCACAGAGGAUGGCACAUGUUACAGCUACGAGCAGCUGUGUGUGUGUGCUGGAGCCCGGCCCCGGCUCAUUGUGGAGGAGAAUCCAUAUGUGCUCGGUAUCCGUGAUACAGACAGCGCCCAGAUGUUCCAGCAGCAUCUGACCAAGGCGCGGCGGGUGCUGGUCGUGGGGAACGGCGGGAUAGCGCUGGAGCUAGUCUACGAGAUGGAAGGAUGCGAAGUUGUCUGGGCCAUUAAAGAUAAAUCCAUCGGAAACACGUUCUUUGACGCCGGCGCCGCAGAGUUUCUCAUUCCACAACUAAAUUCUGAGAAACCGCAGACCCCCCUGACUUGCAGAAGAAUGAAAUACACCACGGAGGGGGGCGCAGGGCAGGAGGACAGCUGGCUCGGCAGCGCUCUGGGUCCGGACUGGCAUGAAGGGAUGAAUCUCAAAGCCUGUCAGGAGAUCUCGCGCUGCGUCCACAUCGAGGCAGAAUGCGAGGUUCAGAGGAUCCUCCUUCACCAGGACUUCAAGGCCUUAAAUAUUCCAUCAUUACCUGUGUCUAGAGGCAUGAAAGACGGCGCCACCUCUGACCCAGCUGAUUGGCCGGUAUACGCUGAACUGACCAAUGGUAAAAUCUACGGUUGUGACUUCAUCGUCAGCGCCACUGGGGUGUUCCCCAACGUUGAGGCGUUUGUCAGUGGAAAUAAUUUUGAUUUAGGAGACGAUGGAGGACUGAGGGUCGAUGAUCACAUGAGGACAUCGGUGAAGAACGUGUAUGCAGCUGGGGAUGUAUGUACCGCUGGCUGGACGCCCAGCCCCCACUGGCAGCAGAUGAGGCUCUGGACUCAGGCGCGGCAGAUGGGCUGGUAUGCCGCAAAGUGUAUGGCGGCUGACCGACUGGACGAAGCUAUCGACAUGGAUUUCUGCUUUGAACUCUUCGCCCACGUCACGAAAUUCUUCAACUAUAAGGUGAUCUUGUUAGGCAAGUACAAUGCGCAGGGUCUGGGCACCGAUCACGAGCUGCUGCUGCGCUGCACCAAGGGCCAGGAGUAUGUGAAGGUGGUAAUGCAGAACGGACGCAUGAUGGGAGCAGUGUUAAUUGGAGAGACCGACCUGGAGGAAACGUUUGAGAACUUGAUUCUGAAUCAGAUGGAUCUGUCAGCGUACGGAGAGGAUCUGCUGGAUCCCAACAUUGACAUUGAAGACUACUUUGAUUAGAAGAGACAGUGAUGACACAGUCCAUUGUUUACAGGUGUCCAUUUGGGGGAAAGGGGAGGUUCAUGUUUGUACUCCUCGCUCCUGGAGGGGGCGCCACUGCUCUGGUGAGCUAUAGCCUGAGCCAUAUCAGCAGAGAUUGAUUGACCUGGACGGCCCCGAUUUCUUCUUUCCCCGCCUGUGGUUCCUCCUUCAUGUUUUAUCUUGAGUGUACAAUGACAUCUCUCCUGGGAGGGAGAAGCUGUGAGCAUCAGGGGUUCAAAUGAUGUGGCUAAACUGCGCAGGAUAUACUGCAGGUUUAUGGUGUGGUUACGUGUCUAGUUUUUAGUUUUAACCGUGUACCUGAUAAAGACAUCACAAAACGGA